AUGUCUUACAAUCAAAACUAUUCUUAUUUUCGACCUAAUUUUACAUUCCACCCUAAUGUUCCACCACCAACUUUUGUUCGUCCACCAUAUUACAUACCUUCAGCUCCUGCCCCACAACAAAAUGAUCAAGAUUUUGUUAAAAGUUUUGAAAAAAAAGCACCUGGAAAGGCAGUGAAACAGAAACCAGACAUAUCAAUAUUUCAUAUGCGUGAAAAAUUGCGAAAUAUCUUGAUGAUGCUUGAAGAAAUUAAAGCUAAAGAGAAUUAUUUGUCUGAAAAUAUGGCUACAAUGUCAGAUCAAGACUGGAAGAAGGCUAUUGAGUACACCGAAACUAAAAAGAAUGAAAUAAAAAAGUCUUUACCUAGCAUUAACAAUUCGCACUUAGAUAUAUUAAGGAAGCUUAUAGCGAAAAGGUCAGCUAAGAGAUUGCGUUUGAAAAGAGUUCGCUUGGAGCAGAAGAGGGAAAAAGAAGAUUUGAUAAAGAAAUCAGAGGAAAAAUCUAGGAAGAUUGAUGAGAAUCUGCAAAAGAUAAAAGAUGACAUCAAUAAGAUAAAACAGGAAGAAGAAGCUAAGCUUCAAGCAGACAUGGUGCUGAAAGAGGUUCUACGCAAGAAGACUGAUGCCAAGAAGUGUGUAGUGAAGUUAGACGCCCUGCUCAAACUACGGAAAGCGCGGGAAAAUACCGCUAGAGGGCGCGGCGAAGCUGUGUCGGGGCGGGAGGCUACUGUGUUUAGCAAUAAUAUUGAAAAACUAAAAGCAGUCUGGUCCCAAAGACUAUCCGCAUACGAGGCAGAGGAAGCUGAACUACGGGACAAGUUGAAACAAGAUUUGAGCGAGCCACCCACCCUGGCUGGCCAACAAGAGGAACAACUGUUGGAGAACUUGGGGAAAUGGCGGGAGAUCCUGUUUGGGAAUGACAUCUUGCCGCAAGUGGAUUUCAAAGGGAACAUUGCUGAUUUCGUGGCGGUUAGAUCAAAAUGGGACCGGUUUGUGAGCGCAGAUGGAUCGCCUCUGCCCGUUGGCUGGGUCCUCCCGUCCAAGAAAACUUAGUUAUUUUCUCUCAAAAGUAAAUUUUUUUUAUUGUACUAAUUAAAGUUCACAUUUUUAAAAACAUGUGUGAGUAGGUGCAGUAUGACUACACUCUGACUUUGUAUAAUGUUAUAAAAAAUCAAAAUUUAUUUGAUAUUAUAAAAAUAGUUUUUUCAAGUAUGUAAAAUUUUGGAUGUUUUGUAUUGAAAUUAUAUGUUGGUUUGCUUUGUACACGAUUGAAUGCAUUUACAGUGCUUGCAAAUAUAAGUUUCUUUUGUAUAAAAAUUCUUUUAAUUUAUAUUCUUCAUCCUAGAUAGAUAGAAGUAGUUUCAGACCUAAUUGGAUUUUUGUAAGAUAUGUACGUAAUGGGUAUAGAAAUCCAAACUAAUAAUAUAAAUCUAUAAAUAAUCAUUCUUUAAUGUUUUACAAAUUUUAAUAUACCUAGUAUCAUUAAAAACAAAUUAAAAUAAACUAAAUACAUUGACCUCAAAAAACCUUUUUUGAAUUUGAUUACUCUUCACAAGUUAUUUAUUUUGAACCAAUCUUCUUGAAAUGUUGCGUAUAUGUAUACAUACAUUAGCUCCAUCAAUUGAUGUAGGCUAGGCAGGUACAAGUACCAACCCACUAAUCACCUAGGAACGUUGCAUUAGUGCAAUUUUUAUUUAUUUUCAGCCUUUUAAUGUUAUAUUUUAAGUCGGUUUAAAAAAUUUUUAUAAUUAAAUCUGUAACUUGUAGAAAUAAAAUAAAAAAGGAGGGUAGUUAAUGAAAACAACUUUAGUCGGCAUUCAAGUCUUUUAUUUGUCACAAUGUCCAAUCGUCUGGAUAUCAGUAGAAAUUACAUGUAAAAACACAUCGACACGCCUCGCUUAGCUUUAAGUAGACUUUGAACGCCACGAGUAAUGCUAAAACUGUAUACCUACGAAUAUAUUCGAUAAAAAUUAUCAUUUCUUUUAAAAACAAUUUCUCGGUUGAAUUAUGUACUGUCUGGUUCCCGGUCCACUUCAUCUGUGUCGUAAUAAGCGACUAAGGGAAUAAGCACAUUCAUCCAGUGCGAGCUUCCAGCUGGUGUGCUUGCGAAAAAAAAAUUGUAUUCCGCCAUACUACAUAGGCUCUGUCCAUCCUGUAAGAGAUAUAGACGUGAUCUGAUGUAUGUUACUCGUGGCGUUCAAAACGUAUAAUCGAUUACAAUUAGACUAAUUUAAUGGAUCCCAGCUAUAGAUAAGAUUCGUAUCACUAAACGUAAGGCUCGUGGUAACAUGGCCCAAGUUUAUUUAGUUAAUUGCAACGUUCCCAAAUUAAUUUCGUUAUAAACAUAAAUAUGAAUUCUUCGGAAUAACAAAGCAAAAUAAUACACAAUUAAAAAGAAAACACUGCUCAACAUACAAAAAAUUAUAUCGUGAAAUAAAACGAUCGAUGGGCAUAAGACAAUAAAUGAAUAACCACAAAAUUAUGAAAACAUAAAAAAAUAAAAAAUAUAAAUCUACCCGCGCUAGGAAUCAAACCCGCCAAAAUUACAAUUGACACAAAAGGAAAUAUUCGCAUCCAUAUUAAAAAACACAAAAUUGUGAACAACCAAAGGUCAUGUUACCAAGAUUCACUAAGUUGAAGCGAGAGAGCCUAUUACGUCGGCUAUCUCGCUCACGCCAAACGAUAUGAGGUAAUACGGCAUUGUUACACAAACGAAGUCGCGGGUCUUUAGGAGUGUACUGCAGACAAGACCCUAAACUAUAAAAAUAGCGUGAGAAAUAUAAUAUUUAUUGUUGACACAUUUUGGUGGGCGGAAUGUGUUCCAGUCUCAC